UUGUCGAUCUCUUACAAAAAUUCGUUUAGCCGUAUGAAAUACGGUUCAUCAACAACAACGGCCGGAACUAGCAAUGGAAAUACAAGCAAUAAUAAUGGCUAUGAACAUAAUAAUUCUAAUAGUGUUAUUAAUGCUGGAAAUGGAGGGCAGACAAUGAUGUUUUUACCUGUUGAAGCAACCAAUUCUGGAGUACAACAAAGUUCAGUAAUAAAAACAGCACCUCCAGGCCGUAGCCAAAUGUUAAUGGACUUUUCUCCUAAACAAGAACCUAUUGAACUUGCACCCUUAUCCAACACACACCCAUGUUUACAAGUAACUAAUUUAUUUAUUUCCAAAAAAUAUUUUUUCAUACAUUUUUCAUUGCUUUUCUUUCUAUUUAUUAUUAAAAAUAACAAAAAAAAUAUUUUCUGUCACGUAAAAAUAUUUUUUUCUAUUUAUUAUUUUGUUGUUUUGUUGCGCAAAUAA